GACACUGGAAAGAUUGUGAGUCCACUAGCUAUGCCCAUAGAAAAUGUGUUUUAAAAACAAAACCUUUUUAGAAGGUAAGACUUCCUGUAAACAACCAAACUAUUCCUACAAGCUGGUGGAUUUCAGCUGGUGACAAAAGGAGCUAAACCCUCGAAAGAAUCUAAGAUGGGGACUAGCUUAACCGGUUGUACCCGCUGUCAAGAAAAAACAGAACAUGUAUGUUAAAUGGCAUAUUCUGUGUGAGAGAAACAAGUAUGAAUAAGAAGAGGGAGCGUUUGGCCAUUUCACACGAAGGGAUCCCAGGUCUCGCAUGGAAUAAAAAACCUCCAAAAGUAGGUUUGUGUAGAUACAGCAGCAGUGGAAGGUGAUUUCUUCAGGUUGACAUGAAGGCAUUCCAGAUGCUGUUUGUGCUCCUCCUGGCUGCUGCAGCCGAGGGCCAGUCGCUGCACUUCGGAAAGUGUCCCCGUCCUCCGGUUCAACAGGACUUCAACGUUGCCAAGUACAUGGGAACCUGGUAUGAGAUAGAGAAGCUCCCCGCUCUGUUUGAAAAAGGAACAUGUAACCAAGCCACAUACAGUCUGCUGAGCGAUGGGACCGUCAAAGUUCUCAACGCAGAGCUGCUGUCUAAUGGGAAGAUGAAUUCAAUUGAGGGUGUUGCCAAAGUUAAAAACUCAAUCCAACCUGCUAUUCUGGAUGUGAGCUUCUUCAAAGGUCUUCUCUUUCAUUCUUCAGCCAAGAUAAAUGAAAGACCCAUCAUUGGAAUACUGGCCCAAAACAGUCGUUACCUUCCUCCAAAUUCGACAGGUUACAUCGCCUCCUCCUAUGUAAAGUUCCUGGAGUCGGGGGGAGCGAGGGUUGUCCCUAUCAUGGCUAACCGGGAAGCAGAGGAGUAUAAAAGACUGUUCAACUCAAUUAAUGGGGUCCUUCUCCCCGGUGGAUCUUCGAACAUUAUGUCAUCUGGUUAUCAAAGAGCUUCAAAAAUCUUUUAUGAACUUGCUAUUGAGGCAAACAAGAGAGGCGACUACUUUCCGGUGUGGGGGACCUGUCUCGGAUAUGAGCAGCUGACUGUUUUGACGAGUGGAGAGAAACUACUGACACGUACCAAUACAAGUGGCGUGUCAUUACCCCUGCUCUUUACUAAAGAAGCAAAGCAGAGCCGGAUGUUUAAAAGCUUUCCUGCUGAACUCAUGGAAGCUCUGGCGUCCGAGCCACUGACGGAAAACUCUCACAAAUGGAGUGUGUCAUUGUUGUCUCAUAACACAAAUAAGGAUCUGAAAAACUUUUACAAAGUUCUCUCUACCAAUACGGAUGGAGAAAUAGAGUUUGUGUCAACCGUGGAAGCAUACGAUUACCCGAUCUAUGGGACACAGUGGCACCCGGAGAAGAAUGCAUUUGAAUGGAGGAGGCCUUGUAUUUCCCAUGCUCCAUCAGCAGUGAUGAACACAUUCUACAUGGCUCAAUUCUUUGUCAAUGAAGCAAGAAAGAACUUUCACACAUUUGAAUCCGAGGAGGAAGAGAGGAGUGCGCUGAUUUAUAAUUACAACCCGGUUCACUCUCCCCCGAACAGUGGCUUUGAGCAGAAGUACAUUUUCUGAUGUUUGUGUGCGUGGUGCUUUUCCUUUGUGUCAUCUGGAUCAUUUUUUUUAAAAAAUGUAUUGCUUUUUAUUAAUUCUACCGUGUUGUGUAAUGUUUAUUUAUACUGUUCAUGCUCACUUCUUGUAGCACUUCGGGAUUUGAAAUCAAAUAUGAAGUGCUUUAUAAAUGGAACCCAUUAUUAUUAUUAUUAUUAUCAUUGAAUUGAUUGAUUUAGCAUUUGCUGCUCAUUCCAUUGAAUUGAGUGUGCUUCAAAUAUUCUUAUUUGAAAUAUCAUUAAAUAUUGUGUAACAAAAAUGGUCACAAACAAAUGUCAUUGUAAAGUAUGUCACAAAAAAUCAUAAAAGGUAACAGUGUGUUCACAUUUAUGAAAAGAUUCACAGUUGAUUAAGUCAAUACAUAUUAAAAAGUUCAAAUAUAGUAGGUCCAAAUCUAUGAAAACAAGUCAUUGUAGUAUUUGUAAAAAAAUAUAAACAUAAUGACUCAUGA